GUGGCAGGAAAGAAAAGCGGUCAUGCCAGAACGUCACUGUCGUAAAAACAACACCACAAGGCUCCAGAGCUUUACGGCACGUUGUGAUUUGAAGUUUUGACAUGGCUUCCUCGUUGCUUUGUAGCGAAACACAAAGCAGAGUGAGUUCAGUGCUAAACAGAGAUGUUAAGCAGUAUGGAAAGAAGUACAUGUUUGACUGCAAUGAGGAGACAUGCUGGAACUCAGACCAGGGUGAAUGUCAGUGGGUGUCCCUGGAGUUCCCCGACUCUGUCAGAGUGUCAGAGUUAAAGGUCCAAUUCCAGGGAGGAUUCUCAGCAAAAACGUGCAGACUGGAAGGUUGCCUAAAAGAUAAAGACUUCACAGUGCUCAGCCAUUUUUACCCAGAGGAUAACAACUCUCUUCAGAGCUUUCCCAUACAGGAGGCCCCUGUAGUGGACAAAGUAAAAAUAAUGUUUGAGAAUAGUGCUGACUUUUUUGGGAGAAUUAUUGUUUAUUCCUUGGAUAUCCUGGGGGAAAAAGCCUCCUGACCAUUUUUCAAUCCUCUCAUGAGAGAGAGGAAGUGACCCCUGAGUGAAAGUACAGGAUGUUGGAUGGUGUGGUGGCACUUGGGAAACAUGUCAUCUGUGUUGCCACCUCAUGAACUCUUGUGAAUGUGGCCUUUUUUGGUAUGAAAGCUUCGAUGACCUGUCAUACAGUGACCCUUUGCACAUUUUGAUUGUGCACUUGUAAUCUGCUUUUUAUACCUGUACUGUGCCUUCAAAAUUAAAGCGCCAUUCCAGUAUGAAAAUAAUUUAUUAGAAAUUUUUUUUUGGUCAUCCUUCAGCCAAGCAAAAUAAUUCAGCUGCACAACUGUCACAUUUCAGUCCUUGUUUGUACAACGUUUUGAACAUUGCAAUGCAUAUAAAUGGAAUAAACAGGUUAAAAAUC